CAUAACACGCGCGUACAAUAGGUUGCUUACCGGUUCUGUCAAGUGUCAAAAUAGGUUGACACGUCGUUGACAUUUAAUUCCAAAAUAUUAACAUUACGUGUUUUGUGUUAAAUAAGUGUUUUUUCUCAGUUAAAGUGGUAAAUCUCCACAAUGACUGCAGUCGAACAGCCCUGUUACACCCUCAUAAACGUCCCCACCGACACAGAACCCUACAAUGAGAUGCAACUUAAGAUAGACCUAGAAAAGGGCGACGUCAAACAAAAAGUCGAAGCUUUGAAAAAGACCAUUCACAUGAUCCUGGCCGGCGAGCGCCUGCCCCCGGGCCUCCUCAUGACCAUAAUCCGCUACGUCCUCCCUUUGCAAGACCACACCGCCAAAAAACUACUCCUCAUCUUCUGGGAGAUCGUCCCUAAGACCUCCCCCGACGGCAAACUCCUCCAGGAAAUGAUCCUCGUCUGCGACGCCUACCGCAAGGAUUUGCAACACCCGAACGAAUUUCUCAGGGGCUCAACUUUGCGCUUCUUGUGCAAAUUGAAAGAGCCCGAGCUUUUGGAGCCCCUGAUGCCCUCGAUCCGGGCCUGUCUGGAGCACAGACACUCCUACGUGCGGCGCAAUGCCGUCCUUGCGAUUUUCACAAUUUACCGAAAUUUCGAAUUUUUGAUCCCGGACGCUCCAGAGUUGAUUUCGAAUUACUUGGACGGGGAGCAAGACAUGUCGUGUAAGCGGAACGCUUUCCUCAUGCUGCUCCACGCAGAUCAGGAGCGCGCCUUGAGCUAUUUGGCCUCGUGCUUGGACCAAGUGACCUCCUUCGGGGACAUCCUCCAGUUGGUUAUUGUCGAAUUGAUUUACAAAGUUUGCCACAGCAAUCCGUCUGAACGGUCCAGGUUCAUCCGCUGUAUUUACAAUUUGCUCAAUUCGAGCAGCCCCGCUGUGCGGUAUGAGGCUGCGGGGACUUUGGUCACGCUCUCCACAGCCCCCACGGCGAUUAAAGCGGCCGCCAGUUGCUACAUUGAGCUCAUAAUCAAGGAAAGCGACAACAAUGUCAAGCUCAUUGUUUUGGACCGUCUGAUCGCUCUCAAAGACCACCCAACUCACGAAAGGGUUCUUCAAGACUUGGUUAUGGAUAUUUUGAGGGUUUUGUCGAGUCCUGAUUUGGAGGUGCGCAAAAAGACUCUUAAUCUGGCGAUGGAUUUGGUUUCGUCGCGAAAUAUCGAAGAAAUGGUCUUGGUUUUGAAGAAAGAAGUUGCGAAAACGCACGAUGUUGAGCAUGAAGAUACCGGAAAAUAUAGACAGUUGCUAGUCCGGACUUUGCAUUCUUGUUGUAUUCGAUUUCCGGAUGUUGCAGCAACUGUUAUUCCAGUUUUGGUCGAAUUCUUAUCUGAUACAAAUGAGCUUGCAGCCGUUGAUGUUCUGAUCUUCGUCAGAGAGGCGAUUCAGAAAUUCGAUAAUUUGCAGCCGCUCAUCAUUGAGAAACUCCUCGAAGCUUUCCCCAACAUAAAAUCGGUGAAAAUCCACCGAGCCGCCCUUUGGAUUUUAGGCGAAUACGCAACAACUGUGGCCGACAUCCAGUCCGUACUUAAAGCCAUCAACCAAACCCUAGGCGAGGGCCCCCUUCUGGAAGCGGAGCAACGUCUAGUGGCCGGAGAUUCGGAAGAAGUCACCCAACCGAACCCAACACAAGCUUCCAGCACCCUCGUCACUUCUGACGGAACUUACGCCACCCAAUCAGCCUUCAACACGGUUCAGAAAAGCACAAAAGAGAAGCGGCCCCCACUUCGCCAGUAUCUAAUCGACGGCGAUUUCUUUAUCGGGGCUGCGAUCGCCUCAACUUUGACCAAACUGGCUCUAAGGUACGGCAGUUCGGUUAAAAAUGCGGUUGAAAGGAAUCGGUUUGAUGCCGAAGUUAUGAUGAUCAUGGCCGGGAUUAUUCACUUGGGGAAGUCGGGUUUGCCAACUAAGGCCAUGACCAAUGAUGAUAAGGACCACGUUUUAUUCUGCUUGCGGGUGCUUUCGGACCGGCAGCCGAGCAUUAUCAAGGUUUUUACCGACUUGUGCCGACAGGCACUUAACGACAUGUUAGUCGCCAAAGAAAUUGAAGAAGCACUCAAUCAGAAAGCGAAAGAAAAGGCUGGUAAUGUCAUACAAGCCGACGAUCCGAUCAAUUUUAUGCAAUUACAAGCCGACAAGUCGGGCGAAUUGGGUGAAAACGUCUUCGAAACGUCCUUGUCACAAGCCUUGGUUGGGGGCCGAGUCGGCGGCAGUGACACAAGCACUGGGGUUAACAAGCUGAACAAAGUGACUCAAUUGACCGGCUUUUCAGACCCGGUGUAUGCCGAAGCCUACGUCCAUGUCAACCAGUAUGAUAUUGUUUUGGACGUUUUGAUAGUCAACCAGACCAACGAUACGUUACAAAACUGCACCCUUGAGUUGGCAACUCUCGGCGAUUUGAAACUCGUGGAAAAACCGCAGCCGGUGGUUCUGGCGCCCAAAGACUUCUGCAACAUUAAGGCCAACGUGAAAGUGGCCUCGACCGAAAACGGGAUUAUUUUCGGGAACAUAGUUUAUGACGUCACGGGAGCAGCGUCCGACCGAAACGUGGUGGUCCUGGACGACAUCCAUAUUGAUAUUAUGGAUUACAUAGUCCCGGCCACUUGUAGCGACUCGGAGUUCAGGCAAAUGUGGGCCGAGUUCGAGUGGGAGAAUAAGGUUUCGGUUAAUACGACCUUAACCGACCUUGCGGAAUAUUUGAAGCACUUGAUCAAAAGCACCAACAUGAAGUGUUUGACUCCGGAGAAGGCCCUGUCAGGGCAGUGCGGUUUCAUGGCCGCCAAUAUGUACGCAAAAUCAAUCUUUGGAGAGGACGCUCUCGCUAAUUUGAGUAUUGAAAAACCGUUCAACAAACCUGAUGCACCCGUUACUGGACAUAUCAGGAUCAGGGCCAAGAGUCAGGGGAUGGCUCUGAGUUUGGGUGACAAGAUCAAUAUGACACAGAAGGGGCAACAGAGUAAAGUUAUCGCUGCAUAAUUUGUAUUUUAUGGUCGUAUUAAUAUUAAUAAAGUUUAUUUGAAAAAAUGGCUUUGAUUACGGAAAACUCGCUUUUUCUGAA